UCACCCUAGACACCGGACUCCUCGGAAUUCCUCCGGCCUAGUCCAGCCAAGGGGAUUCCCGGGCUCUGUGCGAACUGCCCGCCCCCUCGGCACCCUCCUCCUGGUCUCCGCCCCCGUCAGGGCCGCCGGGUGCCGAGGGCAGAGAGGGUGCAGCCGCUGGAAAAUGAGCGGUGCCGGGAGGGUGGCCUGGAGCUGCAGGUAACGUGCUCGGGACCUCGGGCGGGGGCGGGCUCCGCACCCCUUCCCUUUCCUGCGCAGCGACCUGCUGCGCCCGCCUGCGGGCUGGGACUGCGCUCUGGCUGGCGUCCGCAGCAGCUGGGUCGCGGGGGGCGGUCAGCAGGACUCGGCGGGGACACUGACGCUCCCCACUUGCCGUGCAGCUACGUCCGGGCGGCUGUUCUCAGCACCGGCGAGGGACGGCGGCCGCGGUGAGCCGGGGCCGGGCGGCGGAUGCCUCAGAAGAUGGAGAAGUUUCUGCAGAUCGCGCCUCACUCUCUAGCCAUCGUCCUGGGCCCGGCCGAGGGGCCGGCAGGAGAGAGGCCCCGGGCCGCCCAGCCCGAGCCCCCGGUCCAGCCCCGGCAACUCGCCCGACACCACAUCGGCUACGAGAUCUUUGCGGAUUUCAAGGCCGAGAACAUGCAGCACUUCUGGAACAAGAAGGUCACGGCGGCGGUGGCCGAGACUUUCUUCCUGGGCUGGAUCGACGAGCAGGUCCUGCUGAUCCAGGGAAAGGAGGAGCAUCUGGAAGCGCUGCGCGAGGGCUGGACCCGCCGGGCGCUGCGGCCACCUUCGGGCUUCCACAUCCGCUGCCUGGGACAAUAGAUCCAGUACGUGUUCCUCCAGAGAAAGUCAUCUUCAGAUGACAGGCUUCUCCUACUGCCACCACAUCAACCACUCAUACCUGCAGGUGACCUUCUAGGUCCAAGAUUUC